GCAUUAACAAAGGGAUAUACAACAUAACGCCAACGUCAAGUGACAGAGUCCGUCUCGCGCGUAGAUCGACGCAAGUUAGGUGGUCGGCAUUGCUUUCCCAGUUUAUGUUGCAACAAGCACGGCACUGGACAUCAUGAAGCAUCUCAUUGCUGUAGGGGCUUGUUACCUGGAUACGAUCCUCACGAACGUCACCUCUACUGCGUACGCAUGGCAUUUACUAAUCUACCUCCAGUGUUCCCUUCUUCCCAUCCGAAGACUCCAAGUCUUAGAGCAAUUACUCUCCGAGCGCGACACCCUCCAGCUACAUCUAAUAUCACCCCUCCCCGCUGCAGCGUCGUCCGCAACACAGCGUGUUAUAUCGUCGUUCGGUGCACAGUCGAACAUUGACUUCAGCCACUGCGUUUAUCGUGAGGAGAGCAUGGAGGCGGCAAGCAGUUACAUCAUGCGUAGCGAGGCAUCGGGUAGUCGCACGCUUGUCAAUUACAAUGGCUUAUUAGAAAUGACCGAAGACGAGUUUGGCAACAUCGCGCGAGGCUUCAACCCGGACCAGGAGACAUGGUGGCACUUUGAGGGCCGAAUCCCGGAUACCAUACUGAGCUGUAUCCGUCUCCUGCGUAACGUACUACCAAAAGCGACAAUCAGUGUCGAAAUUGAGAAGCCUGGUAGAGAAGGCCUCCCUGAGCUGGCGGCAGAAGUGGAUGUUGUCUUCUAUUCGCGAAGUUGGGCUGAGAGUCGAGGAUACAGGACUCCGGAACAAUGCUUGAGAGCUGAAGGGCAUCAAAAGGCGUCACUGGCACUGUGUACGUGGGGUGAAGAUGGAGCAGCUGGGCUGUCUCGAUCGACAGGCGAGAGUAUUCACUGCCCUGCCCUGGAUAAAUCAGGGCGAGACAUUUCCGUGCUCGAGUGAGUUGUCCCGCCCUGACAAUACCUAACACAGCAACAAACCUAGUGCAAGCCGCGUAAAACUGCAGGACCUGACCACUGUUCGAGAUAUAGUGCCGUGGGAGCGGGGGACACUUUCAUAGCCGGAAUGCUGUACGGACUGAUCUGUCACCCUGACGACUGGAGCAUGGGGCAGAAGCUGGGUUUCGCCGUUCGACUGGCUACGCUCAAAGUGCAGCGGGAGGGGUUUGACGGACUCGGAAGAGACAUGCUUGGAAAGGAGAUUGGAGGCGUCUGAGUGAAUACCUGAUUACGGGUAGCCAUGGGCAUGACUGCCUGACGGCCUUAUCCUGAUAAUACCAUGGUUGCUUGACGACAAUCCACACAUUUAGCUCUUUAGGUAGACUUUCGGUGCAAGGGUCAGAUGCCGGAAUAUUAAGGGGAGGAAAGAGAGAGAAAAAAAACUAAAAAAAACUAAACCGCUCAUGAGCGGAGAAAGAAAUGGCAAGAGAUAGCAAAGCAGCUCGGCGAACCAUGAGUCGCCUAUGGCUUACACCGGCUGAUGAUACUCUCAAUUCGGGUGAUGAGAGAUUUAGUGGGAAGAAACGAGAUGGUUGAGCCUGGAACUGGAAGGGACAGAUAGUGGAGGAGAGAAGUGGAAGGGGGAUAAUGAGAAACAGGGGAGAAAGGCGGUGAAAACGGGGAAUAGAGAAACAUUGGGUUGCUUUGAUCUUCAACCGCCAUAGUGCAUUGGUGAGGGUGAGGGCACGGAUUGGUUAGUCAGGCAUGGAGGCGUAUGUACAUAUUGGACCUGACCAGUCUCUCUCCUGCGUGUUGAUGUGAUGCAAGUGGAUGGAUGAGCAGGUGUCUUGUUGUCCUUGGCUAGGUGGUCAAGGAAGGGCAAGGAUGAUGCUACUCUGCCUGCAAGACACGACCUCUGAACCACGCGGAUGCGCCGGGGCUACUGCAUGGAGACCACGAUUAGUCUAGAAGCACGUCGUUAGUCUUGGUGCUCGUGUGAAGAAAUUGUCUAGAUAGUGCAAGAACGGUAUGGAAG